GGGGCCCCGGGGGUAUCUGGGCCAAGUUAGGCGUGGCGGAGUCGAGCACCGAGCGUCGGCAAGACCUGAGGAGUCGGGGGACGUCCGGGGCCGAACUGCAGCAAAUGGGCUCCGACUUGCGGGACCUGAACGCGCUGCUGCCAGCGGUACCCUCGCUGGGCGGCGGCGGGGGCUGCGCCCUGCCGGUGAGCGGCGCCGCGCAGUGGGCACCAGUGCUGGACUUUGCGCCCCCGGGGGCCUCGGCAUACGGUUCGUUGGGCGGUCCUGCCCCUCCGCCCGCUCCGCCGCCGCCCCCGCCGCCUCCGCCGCCUCACUCCUUCAUCAAACAGGAGCCGAGCUGGGGCGGCGCGGAGCCGCACGAAGAGCAGUGCUUGAGCGCCUUCACUGUCCACUUCUCCGGCCAGUUCACGGGCACAGCUGGAGCCUGUCGCUACGGACCCUUCGGUCCUCCUCCCCCCAGCCAGACGUCCUCCGGCCAGGCCAGGAUGUUCCCCAACGCGCCCUACCUGCCCAGCUGCCUGGAAAGCCAGCCCGCUAUUCGAAACCAAGGUUACAGCACGGUCACCUUCGACGGAACGCCCAGCUACGGCCACACGCCCUCGCACCACGCGGCGCAGUUCCCCAACCACUCCUUCAAGCACGAGGACCCCAUGGGCCAGCAGGGCUCGCUGGGUGAGCAGCAGUACUCCGUGCCGCCCCCCGUCUAUGGCUGCCACACCCCCACCGACAGCUGCACCGGCAGCCAGGCCCUGCUGCUGAGGACGCCCUACAGCAGUGACAAUUUAUACCAGAUGACCUCCCAGCUUGAAUGCAUGACCUGGAAUCAGAUGAACUUAGGAGCCACAUUAAAGGGCCACGGCACAGGGUAUGAGAGCGAUAACCACACCACGCCCAUUCUGUGUGGGGCCCAGUACAGGAUACACACCCACGGCGUCUUCAGGGGCAUUCAGGACGUGCGGCGUGUGCCUGGAGUAGCCCCGACGCUUGUCCGGUCAGCCUCUGAGACCAGUGAGAAACGCCCCUUCAUGUGUGCUUACCCGGGCUGCAAUAAGAGAUAUUUUAAGCUGUCUCACUUACAGAUGCACAGCCGGAAGCACACUGGUGAGAAACCAUACCAGUGUGACUUCAAGGACUGUGAGCGAAGGUUUUCUCGUUCAGACCAGCUCAAAAGACACCAAAGGAGACACACAGGUGUGAAACCCUUCCAGUGUAAAACUUGUCAGCGAAAGUUCUCCCGGUCUGACCACCUGAAGACCCACACCAGGACUCAUACAGGUAAAACAAGUGAAAAGCCCUUCAGCUGCCGGUGGCCCAGCUGUCAGAAAAAGUUCGCCCGGUCAGACGAGUUGGUCCGCCAUCACAACAUGCACCAGCGAAACAUGACCAAGCUCCAGCUGGCACUCUGAGAGGUCCGACCCGGGGACAGCUCUGUGACCCAGGCUGGACACUGUGGGAAGAACUACUUUCCAAUCUGACUUUAAGAGUCCUCCUCACUUGCCUCUCUCAGGAGGGAAUGGCAGUUCAUCUUCUUCAUGCAGCUUCCCAGACAAGAUGCGUGUACUACUGGAUCCUACCGGCUCUGCCCAGAGAAGCUGGCCCCUGCUUUGCCAACUUGUCGUGGACUCCGAAGGCCCCGGAGAAGUGGCGGACGGCAUCUGGUCCCUUAGACGCCUGCCGCUGUUUCGGUCUGGAUUUUCCGGCGUAAGAAGAGCCACUGUUGAUAAUGUUCCCCCACCCUCUCCUUCUUUUUACGCUCAUUUUCACUGGGAAUGGGGUCGUUGUACCAUUUUCCGUCAUAGAAUAUUUAUAGGCCAGGGCAUGUGGAUGUGUCUGCUAAUGUAAACUUUGUCAUGGUUUCCAUUUACUAACAGCAACGGCAAGAAAUAAAUCAGAGGGCCGGGCCCUGGGGUGAGUCCCGUCCGGCAGCCCCGAGGUCAGGCAGGCUGUGCGCCACCAGGCAACUUUUAAAACUCGUGUGUGUCCAGCCGCUGAGAAAAGAAUCAGACCAAACCAGUACCUCUGUAGAGACGUCUCAGAGAAUCUUGCCACUCGGUUAGUUCAAUGUUAACAUGAGCACAAGGCUCUUAAGAAACUGUGCUUGGAGAUCUGA